AUGGCGCUAAAUGCGGUGAAUUUCUUCCUCGUCGUGCUUUUUGGCUCGGCGGCAUGGAUGGGAACGAAUUCGAUAUGGAUGCAACUUCCGCUAAUAACCGCCGUUCUUCCAGAAGCUUGGAGUCUUCCCUCGUAUCUUGCAGCUGUAGUUCAGAUAGCUUGCAUCGGUCCACUGUUCUACGGAAUCUCACACAAAUGCCUCUGCAAUCUCCAUACACCUACCAUCAUCAUCGGAAUGUUGAUACUUUUAUUAAUAUGCUCGUUCCUGCUUGUUCCAUUCUGGAACGUAACUGCGAUGAUUGGAAGCAACAAAUACUCCGUUGUACUUUACGUGUUGAUGUUUGGAAUUGCCUUGGUUAAUUCUACUUCGAAUGUGCUUUUCAUGCCGUUUAUGGCGCAGUUUCACCCAGCUUAUCUGAACGCCUACUUUGUUGGAAUGGGUCUCAGCUCCCUCGUGCCAAGUCUUCUCUCAUUGAUUCAAGGAAAUAGUAAUUACGAUUGCAUCGCACAUGCCCCCGUUUACAAAUCACCACGGUUCAGCAUUCAAGUCUUCUUUUUCAUCAUUGCUUUUUGGGCUCUUCUUGCAUCAAUCGCAUUCGUGAUUCUUUAUAGAACGGGCGCUCAUAAGAAACAAAAGAAAACGGCAACACCUUUACCUGGAGAGAAGACAUAUCCCGUAGAAGUACCCGACGAAGAAACACCACUACGUUCUGGGGCGAUAAGAAGUGACCAACGGGAGCAAUUUGAUGAAGAAACAGCGGACAAUCAAGGCAAGUCAUUAGUACACGAAGAAACGAAAGAAGAGUCGAUUGUUGGCUUCUCCUACUGGUGGAUAUUGGGCUUGACGGCCCUUGUGAAUGCACAAAUGAAUGGAAUCAUUCCCAGCAUUCACAGUUAUGCGGCACUUCCAUAUUCUCAAUUAACCUAUGGCCUCGGAGUAACGUUGUCAAACAUUGUCUCACCAUUGGCAUCUUUUCUACCGUUUUUUGUACAAAUCAGAUCAAUUCCUUGCUUAACGUUGAUAACGGCUACUUCCUCAUUGGUUACUGCGGUGAUUGUCCUAUUGGCAACUCAAAGUCCAAACUAUUUGUUCGGGAAUUUUAAUGCUGGCGCAGCCAUAGCGGUAAUCUCACCAAUUAUCGCGGCCGGUUUACAUUCUUUCAUGCGUACAUUAUUCGCAUCACUGUUGAGGGAAGGUUCACACGGAAGUGAGAAGCGGUUGUUCUGGUGUGGAGUGUUCAUUCAGAUUGGCUCGUUUGUUGGAUCAGCGGUGAUGUUUCCACUCGUCAAUUUUACUCACCUCUUCCAAUCAGCACCAGCGAUCGAAAUGCGUCCAUUGCACGGCGAUCACGUGAUCGACAUCGAGCACAAUUUUCACGAUGAUUUCGUUGGAGGUUCAUAUGCUCAGUUGAUCACGCAUGAGGACGAAAAUCCGCGGAAAAGUCUCACAGCGAGUGUGCGCGAGUCUGUCCAGAGUACUGUUUCAAAAAUCUCCAAAGUUAAAAAGAAAUGGUGGCGAAAGUUGAAACCGUUGAAAACGAUUUUGUUCAAAUUGAAACUCCUUUUCGUCAUCGCUUUGUAUUCUCUAUUUGGCGCAUGGCUUUUCAUGUAUUUAGAGGUGCCAACCGAUUUGGCGAACAAAGAGAUCCGUUACAAUCAACGUUUCAUCGCCAGGGAUAAUCUUGUUAUAAGCCUACGCGACAUUCACCAAGCCAAUCGGGAGAAUCGAGAGGAAAAAUGGAAAGAAGCAAUCCUCAGCUUCGAGAAGAAUCUAGAUAUGGAUGAGCCGAUGAUUGAAACAUCGUGGACUUUCUGGAUGUCUUUUCUCUACGCGGGCACCAUUUUUACGACAAUAGGAUAUGGUAAUAUCGCGUGUGCGACGACAGCUGGCCAGGUUGCCACUGUACUCUACGCGAUUUUCGGGAUUCCAAUAAUGAUUGUCAUUUUGAAUGAUUUGGGCGACGUGCUGCUAUUUAUUGUGAAGGGUUUCACGCACGGAGUCGGCGAUUUGACACUCUUCAUUUCUGUCAAAAUCGGUUUGUAUGGUUUGGAAGAGAACACGGAACAGCGGAAACGCUUCAAUCAUAUUUCGAGGAAAUUGGGACGAUUUGGGAUGACUGACACGAGCUCGAUGAGCACACUGACAACGGUGGGUGACAAGAAAUGCAAUGGAAAGCAAGACGCGUUGACGAAAGACGGUGAAGAUGAUGAAGAUCCGUUGAAGAGAGAUCCGCCCGUCAUACAAGCUGUUGUUGCAACUUUUGGUUGGAUUCUUUUCGCAUCAGCCGUUUUUUGCCUUUGGGAAGACUGGAGCUACUGGACGAGCAUCUACUUUUUUUUCAUCUCAACAAGCACAAUUGGCCUCGGCGACGUCACACCCGCUCAUCCCGAGUAUAUGAUCGCUACGUUUAUGAUUGUGAUCGUUGGCUUAUCUCUUGUAAAUGUUUGCAUCAAUGUUGUCUGUGAGAAGCUCGAGAUGAUGUACUUGGCGUUGCUCACGAAAAUGGCCGAGGACUAUCAACGAGCUCUCGAGACGGGUGAUCCAAAAGCGAUGGAGGGAAUGAUGAGCGGUUUCCAGGGAAAGGCGAAAUUUCUUCUGCCGUUGAUCAGUAAAAACGCGGGCAACAAAGUGAUGAAUCAAUUCAAAGAGGAGGCGAAAGCGAAAGGAAUCGAUAUCCCUCCAGUGUUGACGAAUCUUGAUCCACAAACGGGAAUGCCUGCUUUCGCAAAGGCGGAUCGCGGUGAUUUCAAAGACUUCAUCGAAGCGGCUGAGGUAAAAAAGCAGCAACAAGACCGUAUCGAUCAAUUGUUCACGGAAAGACAGGGUCGAACCACGUCAAUGUCCCGUGCCAUGCUGGUGAACACUUCGAUGGCCACCGAAGAGCCGAAAAUCAAAAAGGAGGUCAUCGAGGUGGCUUGUCAGGCUUGGUCAAUGGACGAUUUAUUUUGUGAGUGGAAACCGAAUAUCCAUGUCGAAGUGCAAACGAGGCCGGAAAUGGUUGAAGAGCAUUCAUACGGAGCACAGGCAUUAGCUGAAUCAAAUGAAAUGGAAAUUCAAGUGAGCUGGGAUUUGAUCGAUGAGGGGAUACAGUGCACAUCAGACUACACGGAUUCCGAAGUACAAACGAGUCUCGAGUGUGUCGAUGAGGGGAUUCAGGUUUGGUCAUCGAUGGAGGAAGUUUCGACACAGUAUGACCCAGAAUUUCUUGAGGGAAUUCACGUGCAAACGCAAGCCAUCGAAAUUGAGGAACGCGGCUGUCAGUGUGAACCGUCGACUUCGGGCGUAACUGAGAUCGGCACUCAACCCGAGGUCUCGAUGCUUUAUCAUGAGAUUGACGAUGAUGAGGAUUUGAGAGAUGAUCUACCGAGCACACCAACGCAAUCAGUGAUGUCAUCGGUGAGUGAAUGGUCGCUUUUCGAGGGGCUUGAUUCAGAGGAUGAAGCGAUACGAAAAGAAGAGAUGAAAUUGCAAAGGGAAGCACCCGAUAUGUCUGAUAUAGAUCCAUUGGGUGCUGAGAUGGAGGAGAAAGAAAGGAAAAGGCUGUGGUCGGAAAAAGUUCGCUUACAUGAGGAAAAGUUGCGCAAAUUGGAAGAGAGGAAAAAGCAGAGAGAUGAAAAGCGACAAAAGAAACGCGAAGAGUACGAGGCGAUGAAAAAACAGAGACAGGAAGAACGCGAGAAACGUCGGAAAGCGAAAGAGGAAGAAAGGCAAAAAAUGAGGAAUCAAAUUCGUUUCAUGAAAAACAGUGGAGAUCAGACUGAUCACCUAGCUGAAUUCGAUGAGAAACCGGAAAUCGAGCAGAGUUCAGCCACCACACAAACGUUUGAAGCCGAGAAAUUCGGCAAAAGGACACAAACGAAAUUGACUAGCAUUGAGCCCUCCGAGCUGCAAGCUUUGCAAAAGAAACAACAGUCUCACCGCUCAUCGACUCUGACCGCAAUGGGCCCAUCGUUCUCGGCUGUGACCGUCUCUCUCUCCUCACUCCCACCAUCACCACAGCCACCAUUAGCUGGAGAGAAACCGAUCGAGAAAACGAGACAAGACAGCGAUGGGUUGCCCGUUGUCGAGGUUUCGGCCGAUUUCAAUUUCGUGAAGAUCCCCGUUGACGAGUAUGGAAUCGAGGUUUUCUCGUCGGAUGACUACGAUAAAGAGGUCGGCGACGACAACGUUUUCUACUCUGAUGAGGAGGAUAUGAAAGAAAUGGAAGCCUAUUCGAUCAAUCAACAAACACAAACAGAACAACCACAAAAUAGACAAAGACAGACGCAAGUCUCCGCAGUGUCAUUGGGUCUUUUAUGUGAAGGGAUCACUCAGACGACUGUUAGCGGUUUUAAACAAGUCAUUCGACCAAAACUUCCUCGUCAAGAGCGAAUCUCGAUGACAGAAGUUGUUGAACAAGUUCUUGAACAACAUGAGCUGAUUGGAGAGCCGUCAUCAAGUGACCAAACGGCGACAAGUGAAGCCGAAUCGGCAAAGGAAUCCGAAGCCGAAGUAUCGGAUGAAUGGAGACAGAGAUUGUCGAGAAAAGAGACCUUAUCAGAAAAGAAAAGCUUCGAGAUAAUGGUCCCAGAAAUCGCGAUCGGUGAUGAGGAGAUCUAUUUCCAAAAAGAAACCGGAGCACAAACGGAGAGAAGCGGUUUUAUGAGAAAGGAGUUAUCGCGAAAGUCAGACGAAAUCGAGCAAACUGAUGAGAUCGUUCGUUUCAUGGUGACUGGCACGAGUCAAACUGACUUUUCCUAUGAGUCAAAUGGCGCGCAAACCGAGGAUUUCCCGAGAAGCGAUGUGGAAUCACAAACUUUUGUUGAAUGUGCUGAUUUCUCGGAGCAAACAAUGAUUGAAUAUGCGACAACAAGUGCGCAGAGUGUCGUCACAAAAAUACAUGAACAAGCGAUGACGAGCGUCGACACAACUGACACAGCACAAGAUAUCCGUUUCAUGGUCUCAUCGAGUACGCAAUUCGAAUUGGAUUUGAGGGAUGUCGAGACACAGAUUUCCUGCGUCCCGCAAGUCUCCUCCACGGGCAGUUCAACGACAAAAACGAUCUUCUCAGAGACUUCAAUUCAAGCUGUCGUCGAGAUGGCUGAUCGACAAACACAGAUAAAAUCCUACUACGUGAGCACACAAGCCGGCCCAUCCGAGCCCGAAAAAGAGUCAGUCGAGGUACAAACGGAUGAGCACCCGGAUUGGAUGGAAUACCCGUCACAAGCGCUUUGGUCUGACUUCGACGUAGUGUUGGGAGAAGAGCAGACAGCCACCGAGCCGGAUGCUUCAUCCGAUGGUGGACUUCUCGAGGGGGACGCGUGGGUCGAAGAGUUGAUGGGCCCACCGCUAUGGUCGGACUUUGACGUGGUGAUCGGUGAUGAGAAAAGCCAAACCCAGUCGGAGAUUCCCUCAGAGGCGCCAUCGAUGGCGCAAAGUCGUGAGAAUUUGAAUCGACGAGGAGAGAGGAGACGCUUUGAGGAGUUCGGCGCACAAACGGACCCAAUCGAGCGACACGAUCGAGCGAUCGGGACAGACGAUCAGAAAUGGAAGAAGGCCGGUGAUCAA